CCCAAGAACAAUGAAAAGAUGGCAGAGCUAGAGAUAUCUCGAUCUGGACAGAGUCAUGACAUCCUCCAUCCCUCAACAUCUCUGGAGUGGGAGGAAUGGCCUCCUCUACCAUUAUCGACGACCAAUGCCUCUUCAGUGUAUCUGAAUGGAACACUCUAUGUCGGAGGAGGGUCUACUAGUGUUAGAGAUACUGCACUGUUCUCAUUCCAACCUGGAGUUGACAGCACAUGGAAAGUGACAGACACACCCACCUCUUACUACACCCUCCUCAUCCAUGACUCUGAACUGCUACUGGUGGGUGGGUAUGAGUAUCAAGAGAUAACAAACAAAGUCUUCACGAUGAGGGAUGGACAGAUUGUUGAAGUACUGCCUCCUAUGAAGGAGAGACGAGAGUCACCAUCUGCUGUCAGUAGUGGGCCUGCACUAGUUGUGGCUGGGGGGUCGGGUACCUCAGGACUCCUCUCCUCUGUGGAAGUGUUCAAAGAUGGUCAUUGGACGACUGCUCCCUCCCUGCCAAGUGCAGGACAUGACAUGCAGUCUGCUCUCCAUGGUGACCAGUGGUACCUGAUCACAAAUGAGGGAAAAGUAUUCUGUGCAUCACUACACUCACUCAUAUCUGGAGCUGACAAGUCGCCAUGGGAGACGCUACCUGAUCUUCCUCAUCGCUUUUCAGCUGCUGCCUUCUUUGGUGGCCAUCUCUUGUCUAUUGGAAGGGGUAAUAGUUUCCCUUCCAUAGCAGACAUCCAUGCCCUCUCCACAUUCACCCAAUCCUGGGAACGUGCUGCUGACCUGUCUCUAUUAAUACAGGGUAGGCCACUAGCUGUUGUCCUGUCUAGCGAACAACUAAUUGUGAUCAAUGGUGCCGGAGUACAUCACGGAAAACUUAAGGGUGAGUUAGUUUUAUGCCACAAAUACUGUGUAAUACAAAUGCACAACCGUCAUACAACCCUAGCUUUUCGCUUCACUUGAAAUACACAAGCUUUUAUUAAAAUAGAAAACAUAAGUUGACCACUUAGGUGUGUACAGUGGGACCACAUUAUACCUGUAUACACAGACUACAGUCACUAUUCUACUAAAGUAGCGUAAAUGCACAUUUAUUUUUGCUUCUAAUUUCAAGUUCUAACAUGCUUAACAUUAUUCACUGACACACACACUUCACAGUGACUACAUUGACUACAUUUGAUGCAGACAGUCACUUCACUUUGAGAGCUAUUGAUUGCCUCAAAGUCUCAGCAGGAAUCUCUCUGAUAGAGGAGCUUGUACAACACACGCCCACUGCCAUCCUAGCUGCUGCUGGUGUGGAUG